AAAAAAAGAAAUCACAUGACGGCAGAGUAGCUCAUAUGACCACAGCGAAUUUACGCUGCAGUUGUGCUCAAGUGUAGUGGUUGUGCUGUGAAAGCGAUUGCAAUGGUCGAUCGUAGUUUUUUCUCUAGAAUUGUGUGGGUAUUGUCGUAUUCCUGGUGUUGUUACGCCGAGAGCUAUGUCUUGGACGAUAACAUCGGAUUGGGAAGAGAAUUCGAUGGCAUCGGUGGACUAAGCGGCGGUGGAGCAACUUCUCGACUUCUUGUAAAUUACGGAGAGCCGUAUAGAAGCCAGAUAUUGGACUACCUGUUCAAGCCGAACUUUGGAGCAUCCUUACAAAUUCUGAAGGUGGAGAUUGGAGGUGAUGCACAGACAACAGAUGGUACAGAACCCUCUCAUAUGCACUAUGAGAAUGAUGAGAACUACUUCCGAGGCUACGAAUGGUGGCUUAUGAAAGAAGCUAAGCAAAGGAACCCAAACAUCACACUUAUUGGUUUGCCCUGGGCUUUUCCUGGUUGGAUUGGGCAUGGAAAGAGCUGGCCAUUUGAUUACCCAGAUAUCACUGUCUAUUAUGUUGUAUCUUGGAUCAUCGGGGCUAAACAAUACCAUGACCUGGACAUCGAUUAUAUUGGGAUAUGGAAUGAAAAGAAAUUUGACAUCAAGUACAUAAAGCUCCUGCGAUACACCUUGGAUAAGAGUGGUUUGGAAAGAGUUAAAAUCAUAGCCAGCGAUAGCCUGUGGCAGCCCAUAUCCCGUUCCAUCCUGCUUGAUCCAGAACUUCGAAAUGCAGUUGAAGUUAUUGGGGCGCAUUACCCAGGGACCCACACAGUGGAAGAUGCACUGAAGUCUGAGAAAAAGCUUUGGUCUUCAGAGGACUACAGCACAUACAAUAAUGACAUUGGUGGGGGCUGCUGGGCCCGCAUUCUCAACCAGAACUAUGUCAAUGGCCGGAUGACUGCCACCAUAUCCUGGAACCUGAUUGCCAGUUAUUAUGAGCAGCUUUCAUUUGGAAGAGAUGGACUGAUGACGGCAGAGGAACCCUGGAGCGGAAACUAUGUGGUGGAGUCCCCUAUAUGGAUUACUGCACACACCACCCAGUUUGCCCAGCCUGGAUGGACCUAUCUACAGACCAUUGGGCACCUGUCCCAAGGAGGAAGCUACGUUGCCCUUACAGAUGGAAAAGGAAAUCUCACAGUCAUAAUAGAAACCAUGACGCACGAUCACUCAAUCUGUGUAAGACCUCCUCUGCCACACUUCAAUGUCUCUUCCGAGAAUGCAACAUUCCAGCUCAAGGGAUCCUUUGGAUCCAUGUCUAUGCUCCAAGUGUGGCAGUCCAAGUUUGAUUUCAAAACUAAAAAUCCCACUUUCUUCAAGCAACUCAAUCCUUUGAAGAUUUCUGACGGGAUCUUCACCUUGAACCUGGAACCAGAUGAGGUCUACACAUUAACUACCAUAACUACAGGCCAUAAAGGGAGCCAUCCAGCACCACCAGCUUCCACCCCCUUUCCUAAAGCAUAUAAGGAUGACUUCAAUGUCCGCAACCCCUUCUUCACGGAGGCGCCCAACUUUGCUGACCAGACAGGUGUGUUUGAGUACUACAUGAACCUCACGGACCCAGGGCUGCAUGUAUUCACGCUGCGCCAGGUGGUCACGCAGCGCCCCGUCACCUGGGCCUCCGAUGCUGACCAGACCAUCAGCAUUAUUGGUGACCACAGCUGGCAGAACCAGACUGUGACCUGUGAUGUUUACAUUGAAACUGAGAAGAGUGGAGGCCUUUUCAUUGCAGCGCGAGUGGACAAAGCGGGAGAGUCUGUGAGGAAUGCCAAAGGAGUCUUUUACUGGGUGUAUGCAGAUGGCACCUAUAAGGUCACCAACGACAUUAACGGGCAAACUGUGCUGGCCGAAGGCUUGUCUGGAACGAGAGCAGGUUCCUGGCACACGUUAACCCUCACCGUCAAGGGCCAAUAUGCCUCUGGAAUGCUGAAUGGAUAUCCCUUGUGGAAGAAUGCAGUCAUCCUAGGACCUCAGAAUGGCUGGGCAGCCAUUGGCACCCAAUCAUUUGAACUGGCUCAGUUUGAUAAUUUUGUAAUUGAUGCAGAGUGAUUGAGGCCUGUCAUGAAACUGUUAAGCAGAAUGGGCAUCCAUCAUAUUUGAGGCCUCACGACCCUUGCUUGCACUUAAUUAUCAGCAUCAUACUAUUCAUUUGGUGUAGAUGGUGUAGGUUUUUAAUUAAUGAUUCUCUGGGAAUUUUUCUGUCAAGUGCCUACAUUUUUCUAAAGUUGAUUAUCAAACUAAAAUUACUUUACGAAAAGGAUCACCUGAGGUUAUUGUUCUAAAAUGGUAAACAGUAUUGACAUUCAUGCUUGACCAUACAUUUAAAAUAAUUCUAUUGUACCUCCUAUUUGAUUUAUUUUAAUUUUAAAUUCCAUUCCAUUGUCUUGAAGAGCUGCCUUAUAUUUAAUCUCUGAAUGUGGUAGUAAGGGGGUGAAGGGAACUUGAAUUACUCUGUUUUGUAAUUUACCAAAGGGCUAUUUCUUUUAUUUUUAAACACAUUGUGCACUUUGAAGUCAUUUGGAUACUCGUAAAUGCAAUACUGCACAGUUUGGGGUAAAAUUACAACCAACAGUUUACAGGUUGAAUGAAAUAUUAACUUUCUAAAUGAGGUAAUACAUUUGAUUGUGAGAGUAAGAGUGUGAGUAUUGACAAACCAUUAAAAGUGGGAUAAACCAA